UCAGGCAGCCGACACUCCAUUACCUUGUUCCUACCACCUUCGCACAUGCACCCAUUUGCAUUUCCAUACACAUAAUUAUUCUUAAUUAUUAAUAUUUUUUAAUAAAACCCAUUCUACAGAUUAAAGGUAAGAUUAAUUAAUGGAGUUUUGUUUUAUUUUUGCUUUAUUUUAGUUUUAAAUUCUCUGUUAAGAUUCCUCUGCUGUUCCUGCAAGGAAGAUUUCCGGAGAGUGGAUUAGCAGAACCCCUUUGCUUCUUCCUUUUCCCACCUGAAACUCUUUUUUUAAGUCAUUCUUUAGUCCAUUUGAGCUCUGUUGAAUUCAAUCCAAGCAAGCUCAAGUGGGUCAUUGAUUAUUUUCUUUUCUUUUCUUUUCUUUCCUUUUCCUUUCUUUUCUUUUCUUGAGAACCCAUUAAAAUUCUUGUAUGUGUUUUCUCUAGGUCUAUGUCAGUGACGGACAAACUCUCUCUCCUUAUGGAUUGUGUAAUGUCAAUCAUGCAAUAAGUCCGCCAUCAAUUAUUUCCUCACCUUUUUCUCUGCUUCCUGCAAGUUCUAGUUCCAAUUACAAGCAUUUUUUCCCCUCAAAUUCUUGUUUCUGUUUACCCUUUAUUUUCUUAUCUACUUCUGAUAAAAAAGGUUCCUUUUUCUUACCCAUUUGGAUUGGCUUUCUCCUUUGGCUCUACAUUAAAAACCCUAUUAAUUUAUUUUUUUCCCAAAAUUUGUUGCCUUCCCAGUUUUAGGUUUUGCAUAGAAAUUGCUCUCUGUUUGUUUUUUUGUUGGUCGGUUGCAUAAAAGGCCGUAUGCUAUUAUCAGUUACAGCAGGCUGUAGCCAUUUUCUCUUCUGGGUUGUUGAAUAUUUAGUACAAUUCACUUGUUCCUGUCCAAGCUGUACACCAUUAUUACUUCCAUAUUAUUGAAAACAUCUUAUUACUUUCUCGGUUGUCUUUUGUGAUUAAUUUAUUUUCUUGAUAUAAAUUUCGUCUUGUUGAUUCUUAAUUUGUGCUUUCUUUUACACUGUUGGGUGGGGGUUGGUCUCUAUGAUUGUUUCAUCCUCUUCAUUACAAAAACAGAUGGUGUUUGUGCUUUUUUCUUUUGUCCUUUGCAUUAAACUUAAUCAGCAUUAUUAGUUCCAUAAGCUUAAACAUUUUCCAAUCUGAAUCUUGAGCUUUCUACUUCUCUCUCUUUUGAAUCUUAUGAGAUUAAACCCCUUUUUGGGUACAAAAAUUGUCUUCUGGGUCUAAAGUUUAAUUCUGUCUUUCUUUCUUUCUUGUUAAAGUCCAAAUCUUUGAUUCCCCGGUUUCAGUCUGAGUAUUGACAAACACCUUUCCUUUCAACUAUUUCAUCCGUUUAUUUACCAUUUGUAUAUCAAACUCAACUUCUCCAUCUGGGUAUAUCAGACUCAUGCAUAUUGAAGGUCUCUUAAGAAAUGGCCAAUCUUGUUCCAGGAGUGCUUCUCAAACUUUUGCAGCACAUGAAUACAGAUAUAAAAGUUGCUGGUGAGCACAGGUCAUCUUUAUUGCAAGUGGUUAGCAUUGUACCAGCUCUAGCAGGAGGUGAGUUAUUUUCCAACCAAGGGUUUUAUCUCAAGGUAUCAGAUUCAUCUCAUGCCACUUAUGUAGCUUUAGCUGAUGAACAUGAUGAUCUAAUUCUGAGUGAUAAGAUCCAACUGGGUCAAUUUAUUCAUGUUGAGAGACUUGAAUCAGCCUCACCAGUUCCCAUUCUUAGAGGUGUUAGGCCAGUCCCAGGAAGGCACCCUUGUGUAGGGAGCCCAGAAGAUAUUGUAGCAACUCACUCUCUUGGAUUCCUCAAUAAUAAUCAUGAUUCAAGUUCAGGUUUAAAACAUUUAGACAAAGUGAAAUCACCUCAGAAAGGGUAUUUUGCAAGUAGCAAUGUAGGAGAGAAGGAGAAACCAGUGGGUGUUAGAAUGAAUGGCAAUGCUAAUAAGGAGGAUUUAUCAGAUAGAAAAAACUCUUCUCUGAGCAGGACAAAGUCUCAAUUGUCAAAACCUACACUGAAUUUGGAUUUGAAGAAGGUGGCAAAAUCAAAAUCUUCAAGUUCAAAGUCGAUUCCUUCCUCCCCAACAAGUUGUUAUUCGCUGCCCACUUCAUUUGAGAAAUUUGCUAAUGGGGUUAAGCAGCAGACGAAGAUUAAGGGGUCAGAUAAGGGAUCUACUAAGUCGGUGGAAAAGUUGAGUUCUGUUCGUGCGGCAAGUCCAACUGCAAAGAGGGUACCAGUUAUUAAGAAUAUAGUUCAGGGAAUUGAGUUGGGUGCUAAAGCUUUAAGGAAGAGUUGGGAAGGGACUAUGGAGGUGAAGCACAGGGAGAAUUCAAAAUUAAGGGCUACCAAACACGAUCCGAAGCCUGAAGCUCGGAGUAUUUCUGCUCCUAGAAAAAGCACAUCAAGUGAUAGGUUGGUAUCUAAAGAGGACAAUAAGAAACAACUAUCAGCCAAAUCAUCUAAACAGGAGAAUAGAAAUCCGAUAUCUACGAAGAAAGUUGCUGCAAAUGGAAAUUUGGAUGGUCAAGAAAAGUCAAAUAAGCAAAGAGCAUCUGUUGGAAAGAAAUCAUCAGGAGACAAUAAUGGUUUUCCAGGAAACCUGGUUAAGGUUUCAAUAAAUAGCAGGAAACUGACAGAGGGAAGUGUUUCAUGGAAUUCACUCCCCUCUUCUGUUGCUAAGCUUGGAAAGGAAGUUAUGAAGCUUAGAGAUUCUGCACAGACAGCAGCAAUAGAGGCUAUGCAAGAGGCAUCUGCUACAGAGAGCUUACUUCGAUGUUUAGGCAUAUACUCUGAUCUAACUUCCUCUGCUAAAGAAGAUGACCCUCAACCGGCUGUGGAGCAGUUCUUGACCCUCCACGCAACCUUGAACAAUGCUCGUUUGGUCGCUGACUCUCUGUCUAAAAUUCCACCAGUUGGUUCAUCGCCAGAUUCUGAUGACAACCCAUCAGAAGAAGUGCUAAAGGUCACAUCAGAAAGACGGAAACAUGCUGCCACUUGGGUCCAAGCUGCGUUGGCCACCAAUCUGUCAUCCUUUUCCGUAUUUACAAAAGAAACAACUUCAGCUCCCACUCAAGGCCAAAAGACUUCAAGUAGUAAUCUACCUGUAUUAGUCCUGGAAAAUUCAUCUAAGAAUUCAUCAGCAAAAACUCAAGGGAAAACCCGCCCAUCUGUUGGCUCCAAGCUUGUAGCUACUGGAGCUUUUCGCAAAUCGGGGGAUAGCUCCGCCGUUACUCAGAAGAUGCCACCCCCACCACCUCCUGAGUGGAUCAGAGGAAGUGGCCUUGAUGAGGCUGUGGACUUGGCUGAAAUGUUACAGAUGGAAUCCCAAGAUUGGUUCCUGGGAUUUGUGGAGAGGUUCUUAGAUGCCGACAUAGAUUCCUCAACUUUAUCUGAUAAUGGUCAAAUAGCAGGCAUGUUGAGUCAGCUGAAGAGUGUGAAUGACUGGUUAGAUGAGAUUGGUUCAAGCAAGGAUGAAGGAGAAACACCUCAUGUUUCAUCAGAGAUUGUUGACCGUCUCAGGAAGAAGAUAUACGAAUAUCUUCUUACACAUGUUGAAUCUGCUGCUGCUGCAUUAGGUGGUGGAUCACAAUCAUCGCCAAGGCUUCGAAGUGUAGAUACGAAAGCGAAAAGGUGACUUGACGCCAUUAAUUUCCACCUCCGCCGUGUGAAACGCAGCAUCAGAGGUGAAUAUAGAACAGCAAAAUUACCAUUAUACUUUUGUCCUUAACCGACAAGUGGGAUAAGGAUUUGAGGUUGUUAUAAUCUAUGUAUAUAAAUCCUGCAUGGGUUUGUGGUAUAGAUGGUUGUCUGAAAGCAAGCAUUUAGAUCAUUAGAUAGGGAUUUUAUUUCAAAUUAUUCAUCCUGGCAUUUGGUUUCUGAAAUUAUACAAAUUGAACAGUUUGAUAAGCUGGAAAAUGAGAUUUUUUUUUUCU